AUGGCGUCCGACCUCGGGAGCUCUCCCAAAAGAGAGCCAACACCCACUCUUCCUUUAUCCUCGGUUCCUCAAAAGCGCCCCCUUGAAGAAGGCCGUCACAGUCCUGUCGUUCCCUCGCCACUGAACCCCGAAGUCAGGCCUCCCGACUCUUUGGCACCUGAAGAUCCUGCUCAGAAUUCUAGAUCCAAGUCUGCGCGAGCAAAGAAGGAUACUCUAAAGAAACGCGAGGCCAAAGGAAGCGAUAGUGUUCGUGCGACACCUGAUCCAAAACCAAAGUCGAAGCCACAGAAGAAACAAAGCGAUUCGAGCCCAUUACGAUACAACUUGGGGCAGCCUAAACUGUCCAACUUCAACCCUCCUCGAGGUCCUGUCUUGACGGCACACCACGAGGUCACUGCCCCUGACGGCCAAACGGUCGAAUUCUUUGAAACAUCGGAUCAUGUCUCUAAUAAGAAGAGCUUCCGCUAUACUCCCUGCAUCGCCGAUCCUCUCUUUCCGUCCAUGAUCUACUACCGAAGCACAGAACCAGAGCCAUAUGGUCCCCACUUGAGCUUCGAGGACUCAGCAGGACAUGUUUAUUUUGAUAAGUCGGCUCGUCACGUCACAACCGAAAAAGGAUUUCGCAUGGCAAGGGCCAACGUGGCUGUCAGGGAGGGCAGAUGGUACUGGGAAUGCAAAAUCACACAAGGAGUUCGACCACCAAAAGACGGAGAGUCCAAGCCGGAAGGAGGCAAGCAUGUCCGCGUAGGUUGGGCAAGACGAGAGGCUUCACUUGAUGCGCCCGUGGGGUUCGAUGCUUACAGCUAUGGCCUUCGUGAUGUCGCGGGAGAGAAAGUACAUAUGUCCCGUCCUAAGGAAUUCUUUCCUGCAGGAGAAGGCAUUCGAGAGGGUGAUAUCAUCGGCCUCGAGAUUCAACUUCCAUCAGAACAAUUGCACCGCAAGGUCAUGUUUGGGCAGUAUAAUCCAGUUGUUGAUCAGACCGACGAGGAACCUGCGGCCACCGCUGAAGGCCAUAACAUUGUCCGCGAUCGCUAUCCCAUACGCUUCAAAUCGCAUACUUAUUUCGAGAAGAGCGAGUACUCCCCCGCCAAAGAAUUGGAAGAUCUUAUGAAUCCGGCAGGGGCUGGCGGUGGCUCUUCAGAGGAACCUGGUCCUAAUCACCCUCUUCCAAGUCUCCGCACGCUUCCCAAUUCUUGCAUCCGCGUGUACAAGAAUGGGGUUCUAAUGGGAACUCCGUUCGAGAAUCUCCUUGGCUUCCUUCCACCAGCUUCGCGUCCUCAUGGCCAAGCUGGCGGUCGCGAAGGCCUUGAUGACGGCAUGCUCGGAUACUACCCUGCCGUAAGUGUCUUCCAUGGAGGCGCCGUGGAGGUAAAUUUCGGCCCCGACUUUUGGUAUCCUCCCCCAGCCGAGAUCGAAGAUAAACCCGAUAAGGUCUGGUCAGGGAACGCUCGCUUGAACAAGAUGCACCCUGUGAGCGAGCGUUAUUCUGACCAAAUUGCAGAGGAUAUUGUCUGGGACAUCAUUGAUGAGGUGGACUUUUGGUCCAAAGAUGGGGGCGGGGCAACAGAUCGCCAAGGUGUGAGCGACAAGAGUGAAGCUGUCGCCAUGGCUCCUGGACGAGAAGAGAUCAAGGAAGUGGUCCAAGACGAUUGA